GACAUCCGGCGUUCUGAAGCCGCUGAGGAGUCGCUGUUCCGCCGCUUCCUCCCGUCAGUCGAGUCGCUGCUCCGCCGGUGGAACCCGGAGCCGGACCGGUGCGAGGAUGAACGAACCGCCGCAGCAGCACUACCUGGAGCUCAGCGAGAACCCGGUCCAGUUCGAGCACGCGUCCAGCGUCAACAAUGUCUUCUUCGACGAAGCUAACAAGCAGGUGUUCGCGGUGCGUUCAGGUGGAGCUACAGGUGUGGUGGUUAAAGGUCCAGAUGACAAGAGCAGCGUUGCCUUCAGGAUGGACGAUAAAGGGGAGGUGAAGUGCAUCAAGUUCUCUAUUGGAAAUAAGAUCCUGGCGGUGCAGAGAACCUCCAAAUCUGUGGAUUUCAUCAACUUCAUCCCCGACUAUCCUCACACCGAGUUCAGUCAGGAGUGUAAGACGAAGAACGCCAACGUUCUGGGGUUCUGUUGGACCACCUGGAACGAGAUCGUCUUCAUCACCGACCAGGGCAUCGAGUUCUACCAGGUGUUUCCAGACAAGCGCAGCCUGAAGCUACUAAAGAGUCAGAGCAUCAACGUUAACUGGUACCAGUACUGUCCAGAGACGGCCGUCAUUCUGCUGUCCACCACCGUCCAGGGAAACGUCCUGCAGCCCUUCGCCUUCAGAAACGGGACCAUGUCCAAGAUGUCCAAGUUUGAGAUCGAGUUGCCGGUCAUCCCCAAACCCGCCAAACUCAGCCUGUCGGAGAGAGACAUCGCCAUGGCAACCAUUUAUGGUCAGCUGUACGUCAUGUAUCUGAAGCAUCACUCCAGAACGGCCAACAGUCCCAGUGCAGAGGUGGUUCUGUACCACCUGCCCAGGGAGGGAGCCUGUAAGAAGAGUCACGUGUUGAAGCUGAACACGACGGGGAAGUUUGCUCUGAACAUCGUGGACAACCUGGUGGUGGUUCAUCAUCAGAGCUCUCAGACGUCUCUGAUCUUCGACAUCAAGCUGAAGGAACCCGACUGUGCCGUCAACACCCACCAGCCCGUCCUGCCUGCCCGGUCCAUACACCCCUACAGGAUGCCGCUGGCAGGUCCAGCAGUCGUUCCCUCUCAGCCUCCAAUGCCAUGUCAGCUCUACUCGUCGUCCUGGAGCGUCUUCCAGCCCGACAUCAUCAUCAGCGCCAGUGAAGGUUACCUGUGGUACCUGCAGGUGAAGCUUCCUCCAACAGUCAACCUGCUGCAGGACAAAGGAAAGCUGAUGGACUUCCUGUUACGACGCAGAGACUGCAAGAUGGUCAUCCUGUCCGUCUGCUCCCAGAUUCUGGAGGGCGGCGAUAAAGGAAGUCUUCCUGUGGUGGCGACCGUCUUCGACAAACUCAACCAGGUGUAUAAAGAAUACCUGGAGGCAGAGCAGAGCUACACGGUGGCGAUGGAGUCCGGACCGAGUCGAGGCAGCGCCGCCCAGAAACGUCCCGUCAGAACUCAGGCGGUCAUCGACCAAUCAGACAUGUACACACAUGUUCUGUCAUCGUUCACAGAGAGGAAGGAAGUGUCCCAUAAGUUUGUGAUCGCCGUGCUGAUGGAGUACAUCCGCUCUCUGAACCAGCACCAGAUCACCGUCCAGCAUUACCUGUACGAGCUGGUGAUCAAGACUCUGGUCCAACACAACCUGUUCUACAUGCUGCACCAGUUCCUGCAGUACCACGUCCUCAGCGACUCCAAACCUCUGGCGUGUCUGCUGCUGUCUCUGGAGAGCACCUAUCCUCCUGCUCACCAGCUCUCUCUGGACAUGCUCAAGCGUCUUUCUACGGCCAACGACGAGAUCGUCGAGGUUCUUCUGUCCAAGCAGCAGGUUCUGGGCGCGCUCAGAUUCAUCCGCAGCGUCGGCGGCCACGACAACGUUUCGGCCCGGAAGUUUCUGGAUGCAGCGCGUCAGACCGGAGACCAGAUGUUGUUCUACACCGUGUUCAGGUCGUUCCAGCAGCGGAACCAGCGGCUCAGAGGAAGUCCAGCCUUCAACCCCGGAGAACACUGUGAGGAACAUGUGGUUCACUUCAAGCAGCUGUUUGGAGAACAGGCGCUGAUGAAAGCUUCCACCGUCUGAAGAACCACAAGAUCAUCACGUAUGUCCACGCUGACAGGAAGCGGGACGGUUUUUCACUCCAACAACAACGGAGCGUUAGAAUCAGAUUAAAGAACAAACGUCACUAAGAUCAGACAAAACAACUCUCACAUGGACAUUUUAAUGAGGUUAAAGCAUUAAAAAGUAUCGACGAUUUGGAGGAGAAAAUCACAAUAUUUUUGACGAAAUGCUGCAAAACAUCAUGCGUUUUAUUUUGAAGGAGCCAGUUUAAUUCGAUGAAGCUGUUUUAACACAGGAAAUAUGAAAACAUUUCAGUAAAUCUCUCUGGCCUUUUACGUGUCACAGAUGUCACGAAUCAAAUCAAGAACAACAAGUCUUUAUAGAUUUGUUGAGUCUUAUGAGAAGAAAGUCGGUCGUUGGCUCCAAAGCAGCCUUUGGUGUUUGCAAGAUACUUAGAAUAAAAUCAUUUCGACAUUUUUGACUUUACUCCUAAAAUACUGUGACUUUAUUCUCCAGAUGUUUGUCCCUCAGUGGUUCUGAUUUUUUAUUUCAGUCAACUCUGGUUCAAAAACAAAAAGCAACGAUAAAGACUUCAGUAAUCACGCUUUGUGGGCGGGGCCAGAUGUGUUGUGGGCGGGGCCAAAGUCUAUGUUCAGACACCUGUGUGAUAUGUUUAUUUUGUAAAACUAGGAUGAAUUGUUGUGUUGAAGCUGUUUUUCAGUAAAACUGAACUGUAUGAAGCCAGAAAUAUUUUAAUGCUGUUAAAAGAAAUUCUAUCGUGCUUGUAAACAAUAAAGGAUUGAAAGUUU